AUGCCACCCAAGAGACAUGCAAAAAAUAACUAAAACAUCUAAGCCUUCUUUGGUAAUGGAAAUAAGAAGGACAGGAAAGAGAUAAAGGAAAAAUAAAAAUAAUUUAUUAAAUGUCCUUUAUUAGGAUCGGUGGGUUUUCAAUUAAGAAGAGUAUUAUAGAAAUAUAGAAAUGAGAUAAUGAAGGAGUUUAAUUUUGGCUAAUUAGUGUAAUAGUUGGGAAAAAUCUAAAAUUUGGAUUAAAUUGGAGAUAUGCUAAGUUCAAUAUUGUAUCUGAAUGUUACUAAAAUGUCAGACAUUUGGAGUGAUAUUUAUACUCCUGAUCACAUUGACGAUUUGAUUAGUCAGGAGAAUGCGUAAUUUCUUAAACAUUGGCUCAAGAAUUCCUUUUCAAUACUGGCCUAGGAUUAAGUAGAUUAAUCAGAGUCAUGGUAUUCGUAAUCGAAUUCAAUGAACAAUUAAAAUUGGAAUUAUCAGAUGUUGAACAUCUACGGGGCUAGUGGAAAGAUGAGCACAUUAUUGGCUAUAGCAAGAGCAUAUAAAAUUGAUGUUCUCUUCACUUACAAUUACACUGAGAAGAGAGAAUUCGAAGAGAUGUUUGCAAGUCAACACAUCAAAUUUACUUAGGAAUAGGAAAAUACUGAAUUUGGCAACAAAAAGAAGAUAAUAGUUCAUAGAGGCACUCUUCCAAAAUUCAUCAAUUCCAGAAUGUUAUAGAUUCAGCGAGUGCCCUUUAUAUGGAUUACAGACUGUUAAUAGAAUCAUGAACUAUUCGAUAACUUUGAACUGGUCCAAUAUUCUCAUAAUGAAAUAGUCAAAUACAUUUAUUUAGUAUCGAUAAUCGAGCAAAAUUACAAAGGGUAAUUGGAUAGGAUCAAUACUGAGUUAAAAAGGAAGGUGAUCUAUGAAAACAUCAAAGAAUCAGGAGGGUUCUUUGUGAAUUUUACAAUGCAAAGACCUUCUCUAAGGAUUCAGGAUUUAGAGAUGAAUUUAGAUUACUAUGAUAUUUUCAUACUUACUUUAUUUAUGAAAGGCAAUAUGAGGAACAUACUAAAUUGGUUGCAAUUUCAUAAAGAGGAUGAGAAUGUUCAUUCAUUGAUAGCAGAAUUAAAGUUGUCUAGUGUUUAAUUGCCUUAUAUGCUAAAAAACCAAUUGCCAUUAUUUAGAACCGUUGACAACAUCUCUUAGUUAAGCCAAAAAGCAUGGUCAUGGUAUGAUGAGCAAUGUGUAAAUCUAAUAAAUGACAUAGUAGAAAAUAGAUAGAAAUUAUUUAUAGAAUCUUAUGGUAGAAGAAUAAUCAACAGCAAAAGGCACAUAUUCUUGAUUAAUCAUGUUUUGAAGAUCAAUGCUUUGAGUGUUCAAACUUUUGCUUAGAACACCAGAUUAAGAAGAUUGAAUAAGGAGACACAAGACUUUUAUAAACCAUUAUCAUAACUCUUUGAGUCGGAGGAACAAUAUGAGAUGUUUAAGUAAUUUGAUAAAUUUUCAGAGUUUUUAAAAGGCUGA